CGCAGAGUUUUUCCACGUCAGUGUGUUUACCAGACUGACAGCCGCAGGAAGCUGCUGCAUUUAUUCACCUAUGGGCCUUUUUAUUUGAAGAGUGAACGAAGAAGCGGUGUUUGGAAGUAUUGUGUUAUCAAGCAGUGGAAUGACGGAAGUUUCCAUUUUGUCUGUUUGUCGUAGUGAACUGAACUUUGCUCAUCUUCAUUCACUGUUGGCCGACUAGCCUGCGAGCUGGCCGAGCUAGGCUAGCAUUAGCUACAGCAGGACUCCGUCUUUGAAAUAGCAGCCACACACAGAAAAGCAGCAUGGUGGACAAGAAUAUCUACAUCGUCCAGGGAGAAAUUGGCACUGUUGUUGGGGCUAUCAAGAGGAACUCCAGAUGGAAUACUCAUACUCCCCUGGAUGAAGAACAGGACCCGUUACUCAACAGCUUUGGACACCUCAAAGAAAUCCUCAACAGCAUUACAGAGCUGUCAGAUAUUGAACCCAACAUAUUCCUGAGGCCUUUCCUGGAAGUGGUCCGCUCUGAGGACACCACUGGACCAAUCACAGGACUUGCCCUUACCUCUGUCAAUAAGUUCCUUUCCUACGGCCUCCUCGAUGCAAACCAUGAAGCGGCAGCAGAGGCCAUUGAGAACAUGGCAGAUGCCGUCACACAUGCUAGAUUUGUGGGAACAGACCCUGCCAGUGAUGAAGUCGUCCUCAUGAAAAUUCUACAGGUCCUGAGGACUCUGCUGCUGACACCAGUCGGGGCCCAUCUGACCAACGAGUCGGUUUGUGAGAUCAUGCAGUCCUGCUUCAGGAUUUGCUUUGAAAUGCGCCUUAGUGACCUUCUCAGGAAAUCAGCUGAACAUACACUGGUUGACAUGGUGCAGCUACUUUACUCCAGACUCCCACAAUUCAAAGAAGAGGCCAAGAGUUAUGUUGGUGCCAACAUAAAAAAGUUGAAGAUGCGUGCCGGUGGAAUGAGUGAGUCGUCCAAAUGGAAGAAGCAGAAGCGCUCGCCGAAGCAGCCGCGACACAUGGUUCGAAGUCCCUCCGGUCAGAUGGACCCAGCCCAGUCCAGCACCCUCAGCAACAACAACCUUUCAGGUGGCGCUCCCUUCAUUGAGCAGGGCCUGUCUAGCUUACCAGCCACAGACAGUGCUGGCUCAUCCAUUUCCAGCCCUACAACCACAGACAGUGGACUGGACACCUGCUCCAAAGCCACCUCCAGAGAAGACUUGUCUGACCUGGAACAAUGCAGCUUGUCUGCAAACAACCUAGGCCCUGAGCCCAGCUCUCCAGAUGCACACUCGGAGGGCAGUCGGGUUGAACGAUCUCAGUCGGCCUCAGUGGAGUCUAUCCCUGAGGUUCUUCAGGACAAAGACUCUAUUACAGAGCGGUCCGACAGUACCUCUGUUCAUGAUAUGGAUUAUGUCAACCCCCGAGGAGUCCGUUUCACACAGUCCACACAAAGAGAUGGUAUGGAUAUUGAAGGAGCAUCCCUCAUUCCUUAUGGCCUCCCAUGUCUAAGGGAGCUUUUUCGCUUCCUGAUCUCACUGACAAACCCCCAUGACCGCCACAACACUGACGCAAUGAUGCACAUGGGCCUGCAGCUGCUGACUGUUGCACUUGAGUCAGGAAACAUGGCUAACUAUCAGUCGUUACUAGGUCUAGUCAAAGAUGAGCUCUGCAGACAUCUCUUCCAGUUGCUGAGUGUUGACCGUAUGAACCUCUACGCUUCUUCCAUACGAGUUUGCUUCUUGCUUUUCGAAAGCAUGAGAUUACAUCUCAAGUUUCAGCUCGAGAUGUACCUUAAGAAAAUGAUGGACAUCAUCACAUCAGAGAACGUUAAGAUGCCAUAUGAGAUGAAGGAGAUGGCUCUGGAGGCUCUGGUGCAGCUGUGGAGGAUCCCCAGCUUGGUCACCGAGCUGUACAUUAACUAUGACUGUGACUUUUACUGCUCCAAUCUGUUUGAAGACCUCACUAAACUGCUGUCCAAGAAUGCGUUCCCAGUGUCAGGGCAGCUCUACACAACGCACCUCCUGUCGCUGGAGGCUCUCCUCACUGUGAUUGACAGCACUGAGGCUAACUGUCAGGCUAAAGUGCUCAACAACACUGCUCAACAAGAGCAGUCAGAAACACUGCUGGCAGAGGGAGAAAGUUUCGGCCAUAGUGGACCAGACAGUACAACUGAUCUUAACAGACUUGACAAUACCAAUGGUUUGAGUGUUCCACAAGCUCCGAGUGCACCAGUAUGUCCACCAACCAGUGGUCAUCUGAUGGCAGAGACGAUGAAACUGGGCAGACAGGACCAAGGCGACAAUGAUGAUGCAGCUGAGAAGAGAGCACCAAAGAAGCCUCAGCGUUUCUCAUCAUUUUUACCCGAUUCACAAGAGUUGAUGGAAAUUAGAAGAAAGAAAAAGCUGCUGAUCACAGGCUCAGAGCAGUUCAACCAGAAGCCCAAGAAGGGAAUUCAGUUCCUGCAGGAGAAAGGCCUCCUCAGUAGCCCAAUGGACAACAACCAGGUGGCGCAGUGGCUCAGAGAAAACCCCCGACUGGACAAAAAGAUGAUUGGAGAGUACAUCAGUGACCGCAAGAACAUGGACCUCCUGGACAGCUUUGUGAACACGUUCACCUUCCAGGGACUUCGUAUUGAUGAGGCCCUGCGUCUCUACCUGGAGGCCUUUAGAUUACCUGGAGAGGCUCCAGUCAUCCAUAGACUCAUGGAAACCUUCACAGACAACUGGCAUCAAUUCAAGAAAAAUCUUAAGGGAGUAAAUGGAGACAAAGACUUUGACCAGGACAUGUUGGAGGACAUCUACAACGCUAUCAAGAAUGAAGAGAUUGUGAUGCCAGAUGAGCAGGCAGGUUUAGUGAAGGAGAACUACGUGUGGAGCGUGUUGCUACACCGCGGUGCCACACCUGAGGGUUUUUUCCUUCACUUGCCACCUGGCAGCUACGACCAUGACUUGUUCACCAUGACCUGGGGUCCCACCAUUGCUGCCCUCUCCUACGUCUUUGACAAGAGCCUGGACGACAGCAUCAUCCAGAAGGCCAUCACUGGCUUCAGGAAAUGUGCAAUGAUCGCUGCUCACUAUGGCUUCAGUGAUGUUUUUGACAAUUUGAUCAUCUCCCUGUGCAAGUUCACUACUCUGACCAAUGAGUCUGUGGAAAACCUCCCGACAGUGUUUGGCAGCAACAGUAAGGCGCAGACAGCAGCCAAGACCGUGUUUGACCUCGCCCAUCGGCACGGCAACAUCCUGAGGGAGGGUUGGAAGAACAUCAUGGACUCCAUGCUGCAGCUGUUCAGAGCCGAGCUGCUGCCCAAAGCCAUGGUCGAGGUGGAGGAUUUCCUGGAGCCAAACGGGAAAAUUUCACUUCAGAGAGAGGAAACGCCAUCCAAUCGUGGUGAGUCUGCAGUGUUGAGCUUUGUGAACUGGCUGACGCUGAGUGGAGCCGAGCAGUCAGGCCUCAGAGGCCCUUCCACAGAAAACCAGGAAGCUAAGCAGGCCGCCAUCCUCUGCAUAAAGCAAUGUGACCCAGAAAAGCUGAUCACAGAGAGUAAAUUCCUACAGUUGGAGUCACUACAGGAGCUAAUGAAGGCUCUGAUAUCAGUCACCCCAGAUGAAGAGACCUAUGAUGAAGAGGAUGCAGCCUUCUGCCUGGAGAUGUUGCUGCGUAUUGUUUUGGAGAAUCGGGACCGGGUGUCCUUUGUGUGGCAGACAGUGCGUGACCACCUCUGCCACCUCUGCGUCCACGCCAACGAGAGCUGCUUCCUAGUGGAGAGGGCCGUGGUGGGACUCCUGCGACUAGCUAUCCGCCUGCUCCGACGAGAAGACAUUAGCUCUCAGGUUCUCCACUCCCUGCGUCUACUGCUUAUGAUGAAACCUCAUGUGUUGUCCCGGGUAAGCAGGGAGGUGGCAUACGGCCUUCAUGAGCUACUGAAGACCAACGCAGCCAACAUCCACUGUACAGACGACUGGUACACGCUCUUCUCCCUGCUGGAGUGCAUCGGAGCUGGAGUGAAACCUCCGGCUUCCUUUCAGCUCUCCUCCACCACUAAUGACAAUGACACAGGCGCCCUGUCAGAUAGCGAACUGACCUCUCAUCAUCCCAGUGAAGUGAGUUUAGACCGGGGCUACACGUCUGACUCUGAGGUUUAUACUGAGCAUAGCAAAACCAGAAUGUCUCGCUCCACCACUGAUGUGGAUGUAGCCAGCAGCGGAUGGCUUGUGGUUGGGAAAGAUGACCUGGACUUAAGUAAGACCCCUCCUUUGAGCACCAAAGCCCAGCUAAAUCACCCACUGGUCAACCAGUACAGCCUGACGCUGGGUCAAGACCUGGGCCAGCACGACACAAAGUCUCUCAUGAAAUGUGUGGAAACACUGUCCUUCAUCGUCCGAGAUGCUGCCCACGUCACCCCGGAUAAUUUUGAGCUGUGUGUCCGAGCUAUACGAGUGUUUGUGGAGGCCAGCCUCAAUGGAGGUUACCGCAAUCACGACAAAAAGAAGAGCCACAAGUACAACCCCAAGUCGCGGCUGAUGAAGAAGGCAGGCGGGAGGGAAAAGGAGGGUGCAGGCGGCACAAGGCGCGGUGGCAGCCGAGCAUCCAGCCAGCGUCCAUCCCGUUCCCACAGCGAUGAGGAGGAGGACGAGGGGGUCCCAGCCAGUUACCACACGGUGUCAUUACAGGUUAGUCAGGACCUGUUAGACCUGAUGCACACGCUGCACACCCGGGCUGCCAGCAUUUACAGCUCCUGGGCCGAGGAACAGCGUCACCUGCAGGCCGCGGGCAGAAAAAUCGAGGCCGACUCCCAGACUCUGUGGACCAGCUGCUGGUGUCCGCUGCUGCAGGGUAUCGCUUGGCUGUGCUGCGAUGCCAGGCGACAGGUUCGUAUGCAGGCCCUCACCUACCUCCAGAGGGCACUGCUUGUUCACGAUCUUCAGACACUCGAUGCCACUGAGUGGGAGUCCUGCUUCAAUAAGGUGCUAUUCCCCUUGUUGACUAAGCUGCUUGACAACAUAAGCCCAGCAGAUGUGGGUGGUAUGGAGGAGACCAGAAUGAGAGGCUGCACUCUCCUGUCAAAGGUUUUCCUCCAGCACCUGUCUCCUCUGCUGUCCCUGCCUACCUUUGCUGCCCUGUGGCUCACCAUCCUGGACUUCAUGGACAGGUACAUGCACGCAGGCUCCAGUGACUUACUGCUGGAGGCCAUUCCUGAGUCUCUGAAGAACAUGCUGCUGGUGAUGGAUACUGCAGGAAUCUUUCAAAGUGCUGACUCCAGGACAGGAUACUCCGACCUGUGGGAAAUCACCUGGGAACGUAUCAUCUGCUUCCUGCCUAACCUGAGGGAGGAGCUCUUUAAACAGACUGUCAUACCAGAACCAGUACCCAGUCCGCCUUCAUCUCCAGCAGGUCGGCCUCCAUCCCCUCAGACGUCUCUACCACCUGCCCAGCCGCCCUCCCCAGUCCCAGUGUCACCUGCAGAGACACAGACACCCAGCAGGCCAGCAUCACCCCAGGAGUCUCAGUCAACCAGUGCCACCAGUAAAUCCAGUGACAUGACAUCACUCUUGCAAGGAGCAGACCGAUCAUCUGCAGUCCCAGCCUCCAACUCCCCCCUGCCAGUGCCGUUAACUACGUCCCCCACCCAGACCCACUCACCCUUAAGCCAGUCACCGCUCAUCCUGCAGCCCCUUGCCUCUGCCCUACAGGUGGGAGUCCCGCCCAUGUCCCUGCCAAUCAUCCUGAACCCCGCCCUCAUCGAGGCCAGCUCUCCCGUACCGUUGCUGACCUCGCCCAGACCCAUGAGCCCUGCUGACCAGGUCAAGUAAGACAGAGCUCCCCCACCCCCCACUGAACAACUGGACCCAACAGACUUCAAUUCCAACUUCAGGAUCUGCUCGCCAGCAGCUUUUUGACAUGAUGAAAUAUAAAGUGUGAGAGGACAGAUGACAUGUGACACCUCAGUCUUAUGACGUUUGAUUUUAAGCGUUAGUUGCGUUCGCUGCAGGGUCAGAACUACACUGCCGACCCUGCAGCUGCACCACACGUUGUUCGUGCCAAUUUUUCUGUUUGCUACUUUUUUUUAAUUCCUGUGGAUAAAUGACCUAACGUAGAAAGACUGACGUCAUACUCAGACAUUCAGAGAAUUCUUUCAAGGAAAAUAAUUCCAAUAAAAAUCAUUGCGGUAACGUUGCAGUUCACUAAAAGUGUGAAGUACAAGCAGGGCCGCAGCUGAGAACCCUGAGGUCCUAUGGGAGAACGUGGCUGUUAGGCAACAAGCGGAGAGUUUACAUUGUUGUGCACAUGGUGAGAAUUUGACUGGUUGAUGUCAGUAUUUUUAAACCCAACUCACUGCAUUAUAUAUCUCCAAUAACACAAAGGUUGAAACAAAUUAUCACAAUAUCCCACCACAGCUUGAUUCUGGUGAGAAGAAGAAGGCUUUAAAUGAAUUGUCUUCAUUGGGAGUCUAAGAAAUCGUGUGUGUGUGUGUGUGUGUGUGUGUGUGUGCGUGUGCGCGCGGGUGGCGUGCAUGUUUGUACAAAACAGUGACUCACUGAUGUGUUUUUAAUAGUUUUGGAUCAAGAAUGGAGCUCAGUGACAGAGGAAUCAGAUGUAUCAGGCUCUGGACACACAAAACACACACACACACACAUUCUGUUCUCCUGUAAAGUCCAAAGAUAGAAUCAAUGUUUAUAUCUAAUUUUCAAUUCUUUUAUUUAUCCACAAACGUAAAAACAAUUCCUCCUCCACUAAACAAACUAUCGUGGGUACAUGUGCAGCCUUUCUCAGACAGAUGGGAGAAGUCACAUCUGGAACAUUCCACAGUGUAGAUACUUGAUUGAGCUGUGAACCCGGUCCACUGUGCAGACAACAGUUAGGGGCGACACAGCAACUUUUAAGGUUCAUGAUGAAUCCAACAUAUAUUCAAUCAGAGCUGAGACUCAUGUUUCAUGGUGCAGAUUGCUGCAGACAGCUGUGUGGAUUUGAAGCAUGAACGAAGCUCAGCAGCUUUUCAUGCAACGAGUUCACACCACAAAGUGUAGGGAAGCAGUAAGACAUCACUGCUGAGUGAAGUCAUGGCUGAGUACUUCCUGCUCACGCUGAGUCUCCAUUGAAUUGAUGGCGUCAUUCUGAAGUGGUGCAUUUUCAGAGCCUUUGUUCCAGUUCAGUCACUUUAUUCAUGUGUCGUGGAGAAACUGAUGCAGCAGAGCUCAUACAUACUCUGCUGAUACAAACAGGUGAAGGGCAGCAGCUGUAACUGCAGCACCAGAGAUACUCAUUCUCAGACAUGAACUCCAGAGAAUGUCUGCCAUAUCGGGUGUGAACUUUCUCUGGAGUUUGCCUUUCUCAACACAGCAGGAGAUUGUCCACUCAGACGCUUUCACAUCCACACUUAAAUCCCUGUGUGGAAGCGUUGAGGUGAGGGUGGAGCAGUAGGCAGAGGCAGGAAGUAACAUAUCAAUUAAAUUACAUGUUUUUGUUUACAGUACUAUACCACUUUUCUAACCUCAGACAUUUGUUUUCUUUUUUAGUUUUGCGUCUGUCGCGUGUUGGAAACAUCAACACACCCUCUCACUCGCAGUAAAUCCUCCAGAGGAUCUCCUUCUCACUUUGGCUCAUUCAGUCAUAUUAGGGGGAAGCCCAGAGAAACUCCGCAGAAAGUCUGAAGCCUCUCACUCGGUAUUGGGUUCUUACAUACAGCCCCUCUGGAGAAUGUCUGGAGAUUAUCCGGAGUUCAGUGCAUGUGUGAAAGCAGGUGAGCUCCAGCAGAGCUUAUUAAGUGCUGCAGUGUGUUUAUCAGCAGGUCUAUGUAGGUUAUGGGAUAUGACGUGUUCAUUAAGCGCUGCAGUAAAUCAACAAUGCUGCUACAUGCUGCCAUUCAACGAAGAUAAACCAGCUUCAAUCUCUCUCCAGCAUGUGCAUGACAUCUGGGUGCUGCGCUGCACCUUCGUGGUGGAGUUCAGAAGUUUUUACUCCCAUCAACACAAUGUUAGUGGAUUUUUCCAAAUCGAUUCACAGUUGUAGAAUAUAACCCCCUUUUCCUUAUUUUUCUUGCAGUAGCUGUUCCUUCGUAAUGUUGCCUCCUUUUUUUUCAUUCAGUCCAUAAGACUUCCUCUUCACUUUUUAUCUGGUUGAAUCUUUGAAUCACAAUUUGCCUCCUGAGCAAAAAACAGGACUCUUUGGCAGCAGCACUCUGAAGGAAUCACACUUCAAAUAGAUGUUGUCCAAAGUGCUGUACAUUUGCUGGUCUUCACAUGUACACAGGGAUGAUUCAGUUGUUGCAUUUCAGCUUUUUACCUGCUGCGGUUUCUCUACAUAGAAAGGUGUCGACCCUCUUGCAUGCUGACUGUCUUGUGUACAGUGACAUCUACCCUGACAGACCGGUCGGGACUAACUUACCGUUUUAAUACCAAAUGUGUGACCGUGAGUGUGUAGAUGUGGAGCCUAGCCUCCAUUCACAGUGGCCCUGGACUCAUGUUUCAUGUUAAUGUUAUUUAUUGAACUAGGUGAAGGAGAGAGGGAUGUUUCCCGCUGACGUAGCUGCAGUGUGUGUAUGUCAGCUAGGUAACACUACAGCCUUAUAGAGCCACCGACGUGACACAUUUUGUAAAGCUGUGGGUUUAUUUGUCGUAUGGGAUUCUUAGAUAUAUCAGCUGACAGGAAAUUACAUGAAUAUAAUAUGUAUAUAUAUAUAUAUAUAAAUAUAUAUAUAUAAAUGAAAAUUAAUGUUCUUUUUAUUAUGUAAUAAAUAAAAUGUAAAGAAAGUC